AUGGCGGCCUUCGUCACCAACCUCUGGGAUUCAAUCUUCACCCCAGGCCCAACACCGACUCUCCUCCGCGCAACCAACGCAACCUUUGCCGCGCUCCAGCUCCUCCUCGGCGUUCUCCUCCUCGCCACCUGGAGCAUCCACUUCGUCAUUCUCUCCUUCCUCAGCGCGGGCCUCUGGUACGCUAUUAACUGGUUCGUCAUCGAGCUGGCACAGCACGCAGAGGAAGAGGCCAAGAAGGCGCGUGGGACCGAUAUAUCCGCCGCCAAUACCCAAGGAACGGAUGAUAGCGACACCGAGGUUGAGGGCAGCGCCGUUGUCGGAGGGGUAAGGGGUGGCGCUCGCGGGAGGAAGGGCGUCGUGGGCGGCAGCAGCCAGUCUGGGGCUGAGGAUGCCACGAAUGGGGGCACGCAGUCGAGCGUGAGCACCGAGGACGAGUGGGAGAAGGUUUCGGAGAACGAGAACGAGAAGGAUAAGUGA